GGCAAGACUCACUGCAUGCUCAGAUAUUGGCAGUGCACACUGCAGAGGCAGCAGAGAAGCAAUGAAAAAAAUUAUGUUGACUACCAGUUCUUCCCCCGUCUCUUCCAGACUGUUUCAUAUAACUCAACCUGCAUCAUAAUGAACCGAAGAGGAAGGGGUGGAAACGCGAGACAAGAUUUUGGUGGCAAUACAAGACAAGAUUUCAGAAGAGAUCAAUUUUUUUGCAGUGUUUGCAGCAUUACCUGUUUAAAUGCAGUGGGCUUCCAGGCACAUCAGGUAUCGGCUAAACACAAAGAGAAUGAAAAAGCCUUGAGAGGCAGUUCCUUGUUAGAACCCCGUAUGGAUCACAGAGAGUCCAUCUUUGAAUUUCUGCGCAAUCCAGUGAGAACUGAACCUGUGGUUGCCAUGUUAGAACCCCGUAUGGAGCACAGAGAGUCUGUUGUAGAAUUUGUACACAAUCCAAGGAGAACUGAACCUGUGGUUGGUGCUGACUGCGUUACUGAAUACUCCUUUGACGAUGAUAGAGAGCCAGAAUAUGAAUGUGAAAUUUGCAACUUGCGGAGGGAUGGAUUUUCAAUGGUUGAUCAUCUUAUCAGUGUUAGACACAGGAAGGCUUAUAUUAGUCAGAAGUAUCCUCAAAUGAUGACCUUCAAUGAGGGUAGUGCAGGAGAAUCUCUUAAUAUUAUGAGGCAGAAGGCCGCUGCUGUUGAAGAACUUGAAGGGCCAAAGCGAUUAAAGGUUGUUAGAGAGCGAAGUAAUGACAUGGCAGCACAGCUGCGCAGAAUGGAAGAAAGGUUUUCUGAUUUGGGGCCACCACCUAAACUUGGCAGAUUUGAUAUUGAAAGAGGAAGACCUGAUUUUAGAGGUGAAUUUGGAGGACCUGAUGCAAGAUUACCUGAGCCAAACUUCAGAGAAAGGGAUUUUAGAAAUGAAAGAGAUGGUCGUGGUGAAAUGGGUGACUUCCUAGGCCGGAAUGAACGCCGUCCAGGGCUUCAGCCACUUGCUGAUAGAAGAAAUGAAGGUCGAGAUAUGGGUGACCGUUACUAUAGAGAACCAUUUGGGUCAUUCCCAGGACCUGCUGACAACAGACAGGAAGGGCCAGAAAGUAUGCAUCUCAGCAGAAGAGAACCAUUACCCCAGCAGCAGUCCAUGGAACUUUACCAGAUUAGCUCUGAUGAAGAAGCAGCACUAGUACUAAGCAUUACACAGAAUCUCACAGAGCUGCUGAAGCGACAUUGCCAGUUGACUGGAACUACACCAGCAAGCUAUGGUAAACCAGCUGGACAGGACAUGCAACCAGGUCGUCAUGCAGAGAUGGAUGUGAGAAGAGGACCUGUGAACCCAGACAGUUACAAGGGAAAUGAGGGUUGGAAGCAAAAUCCAUCCGUUCCUGCUAAGAACAGGGAUGUGGGUCCUGAACCUAGAGCACCAGGUAUGAGAGAGCCAUAUCCAUCUGCAGGAGCCGAUUCUCCUGGAAGAAGAACUUCAGAGUAUCAGUCAAAUGCUUCCAGAGGGCCAUACAGAGAUCGUCCCGAUUAUAACCAGGGUGAAAGAUCCUCUGAUCAGAGCAUAUUUGGUCUUUCUCCUGACAUGAUCAACAGCCUGCGGGGGAAGGAUAUGGCUACAGUGCUUGCAACCUUGGAUAGGAUGGCUCAGAAUAAUCCUGCAAUACACAAAGGAAAUAUCCAGAAUUUGCUUAAUUUGCUGAAAGAAGCAGGAGUGCUACAAUAAGCCGAAGAGAUUUUCCUCGAGUUAAUGGAUGCUGUCAGAUGCUUAAAAUUUUACUACAACUGAGAUUGUACAGAAUGGAUUUUAUCUAGUGUUUUAAAACGAUUUGUAAGCUUGUCAUCCGGAUUUUUGUUCAUGUGUUUUUUCUUUAUAUGCAUAAGUAGGUAUGUACACAUUUAUGCAGUAUAAAUUGCUUGGGGCAUAGUUUUUCAAGUUAAACAAUGUUCUUUUUGUAAACGUUUCAGUUCUCUUUGGAAGAAUAAAAUCGUAUUUGUGUGAACUAGCCCUCUGUAGUUCAGAAAAGCCAAAUUUCUGUCAUGCAGUUUUAAUUUUUCCUUAAUAGGUUUAUUAAAGUUUGACAGUUCCAUUA